GUAAUAAAUACAUGAUGAACAGUUGCUCUCAAGACAAUCAGCUCCAAAGAAAAAUAACUUGACUAACAAAACAAGAGAGCUAUAGUUAUAUGGAAAAUUACCAAUAUGAGAAGAAGCCCAGAGUUCUCUGCCUCCAUGGCCAUGGAAGCAGUGCUGAAAUAUUGAAGAAAGAAUUGGUUCUUGGUUGGCCAGAAACUGUUCUUGAAGAGCUAGAUCUGGUGUUCUUGAAUGGACCUUUUUUACUUCAAGAAAAAGUGGAUGUUCAUGGCAUUUUUCAUCCACCUUACUAUGAAUGGUUCCAAGCUGAUAAGGACUUCAAAAUUUUUUACAAAUUUGAAGAAUGUGUUCAAUAUGUAGAAGCUAACAUGGAGAAGUAUGGACCAUUUGAUGGUGUUCUAGGUUUCUCUCAGGGAGCAAUUUUAACUGCAUCAAUGCCUGGAAUGCAAAGGGAAAGAGUGGCUCUGACUAAAGUCCCAAAAAUAAAAUUUGUGAUCAUAAUAUCAGGGGCUAAAUUUGGAGGGAUUCAAUUUGGAUGCCCAAGUCUUGCUGCUAAUGCAUUUUCAUCUCCAAUUGAGUGUCCAUCUCUGCGCUUCAUAGGUGAGAAGGAAAUCCAAAAGCCAAAUGAAGAAGAACUUGUGAAGUGCUUCGUGAAUCCUGUUGUGAUUCAUCACCCAGAGGGCCACAAAGUACCAAACCUAGAUGCUGGAAGCAUGAAAACUGUGAUAUUAUUCAUAAACAAGGUGAAGAAAAUCAAAGUGCCAUUGCAGGGGAACUCCAAUUUGUAACUCUUUCUUCUCCAAAGAGUUAGCAAAUGUACUUGUGAUUUGUGAAUUAUAUUAAAAUUUAAAUCCAUUUCGUUGAAGACAAAUUAAUAAACGUCAAUUUGAAUUGGCUUUUCACAUUUUGAUGUAUUUGAGUGUGAGUUCUUUGCUUAAAAGACAUAAUUUUCUAUGGUGUAGUUUAAUUGGUCAUAACACUUUAUUUACAUCUUUUUGGUAUAUCAACGGAUAUUUUUUAUA